UUGACUCCUUAAUAUUGAAUAAUAAUAAUAAUAAUAAUAAUAAUUAUCAUCUUGAUGAUUUUUAUUUUACAAAGGAUGAUAAUGUUUCUCCUAUAUCUUCUAAUUGCUCAAAUAAUUCUUCGGUAGCAUUUGAAAAUAUGUUACCAGAUUAUUUGACUAAUGGUAAUGAAAAUGUGGAAAAUUCUUUAAAAAAAGAAUAUAAAUCUUUAUUAAAGAUGAAUGAGAUGUUUGGAAAAAUUAAUAAUAAUAUGAAUCAAGCAAGAAUUAAUUUACAGCAAUUUUAUACAACGGUUGAACAAACAGAUCAAUUACUUGAUUUAUGGAUUGGUUUAUUAUCUCAAAGUGUUCACACUCAAAAAAUAUUGUGUGAUCCUUCGUGGCAUGGUGAUAGCAUAGAAAAGAUGCGUAUACUGGAAGAACAAGCCAAACAGCCCCCGAAAUGAAGGAUCAAAAGGCUUUGCAUCAUGGUGUUACUACUUAGCCCAUCCAUUAUUUUCCCGUUCAUAUUAUUUUCUUUAAUCUUAUGAUAAAUAAAUUUUAAUUUACUGUACAUUUAAUAUCAAAUGUUGAUUGUUAGAAUAAAAAAAAAAUGCGUAAUGAAGUCACUGUAUUACCAAUAUGACAAUACAUGAUAUUCUUGUCGAUUAUUUUAUUACGGUACUUAUCUCAAUUCAAUAUUAUUUAUUAAU